CCCUCCAUCCAAACAGAAACCACCCGCAUAUAAAUAUUUACUAUUAUAUUGCAUUUUUGUAAAAUAUGACUGAAAUUCUACAAUCUUCAUCUCCAAGCUCCACACACAAUGAUGGGUUACACCAACAACAGACCCAUGAACCUGUCCUUUUUAACAUACCCACAACUUCAUACUCUGUAGCUGUAUACAGGGGAGAUACAGAGGGAGAGGAAAGAGGGGUUAGAGAGAGAAAGCAGAGAGAGGAGGAGGAGGAGGAGGGAGAUCAGGUGUCACUGUUGGCCAUUUUGGUGACUGUGUUUAGGAAGUCAUUGAUUGCUUGCAAGAGUAGUGGAGUUGAAGAGUUCUCUUCUUCUUCUUCUUCUUCAAUGGAGAUUGGGUUACCUACAAAUGUGAGACAUGUAGCCCAUGUAACCUUUGAUCGAUUCAAUGGGUUUCUUGGCCUUCCUGUUGAGUUUGAACCUGAAGUUCCUAGGCGACCCCCAAGUGCCAGUACAAGUGUUUUUGGAGUAUCAACAGAGUCCAUGCAACUUUCAUUUGACUCUAGAGGAAACAGUGUGCCUACAAUACUUCUGAUGAUGCAGAGCCGCUUAUAUGCACAAGGAGGGCUGCAGGCAGAAGGAAUCUUCAGAAUUAAUGCGGAGAACAGCCAAGAAGAGUAUGUUAGGGAGCAAUUGAAUACAGGAGUGGUGCCACAUGACAUUGAUGUACACUGCUUGGCAGGCCUUAUAAAGGCUUGGUUUCGAGAACUCCCAAAUGGGCUGUUGGACUCUCUCCCUCCGGAAGAGGUAAUGCAAGCUCAGUCAGAAGAAGAGUGUGCUCAGCUUGUGAAGUGCCUUCCACCAACGGAGGCUUCUCUUCUGGACUGGGCAAUAAACCUAAUGGCUGAUGUAGCUCAGUUGGAACAUUUAAACAAAAUGAAUGCUCGUAAUAUUGCUAUGGUGUUUGCACCAAACAUGACCCUGAUGGCAGAUCCUUUGACAGCAUUAAUGCAUGCGGUCCAAGUGAUGAAUUUUCUCAAAACUCUAAUUAUCAAGACAAUAAGAGAAAGAGAAGACUUUAUACUCGAACAACCUCCUCCAUCCCACGUAGAACCCUCUGAUGAGAAUGGGCACCAGGGCUCUUCCCAGCCAUUAUUUGAGGAGGCUGAUGCGGUGAAUGAAGACGAGCAAGUCCUCGUGGCCACUGAACCCUUCUCGGAAAGCCCUUCUCAGCACCAAAUUGAUCAUGACUUGAAAACUGAAAACGAAGCUCACAGUUUUUUAAACUCCAUUGAGAAUAUCAUUCCUGGUGGAAAGGGGCAUUCGGUUGAAAACUGCCCAAAUCAAGUACUUGAGGAUGGUGGUUGUAGCAGUACAAAUGGAGAAGCUAAACAAAACACUCAGAAGAAGAAAACUGGGCAGUCAAGUUAUUCAAAUGUCAAGAAAGGACCCAAAAGAGCUAUUAAUGAACGGUCAGUGGGUCAGGUGGCAAGGCAAGUGGAGAAGAGCAGGGGAGCCAGCAUUGUUAGCCGUUUAAAUUCAAGAACAGAGCGGGUUGAAGCUUGGCGAUGAAGGGUAUUGGGAGAAUUUACUGACUGGUGGAAUGAGUCAGUCAGUGCAUUUGCUUUUUGUUUGGAGAUAUUAUUGUGUAUGAUUCAGUCAUAUUUUUCUAUAUAUUUCUGGGUGGAGUUUGUUAAAUUACUUCGUUUUGGUUUCAUGAUGAAGUGUAGUUGACAUUUCACACCAUUGUUCUGUUUCUCAAAAGCCACAGCUUUUA